UAAAGACGAUAAAAAUAGCAGCAACACUGGUGCAUUGCUCCUUGAUCAUGCACACGUACAGGUAAAGGGUUUUAUUAAACAAGAAGUUUAUUGGACAGUUGACCCUAAAGAUGUCAAGAUCUCUGUCUUUAGAUCCUCAAUGCAUCGAAGCAUAUGUGGCUGUUUCUCUGACAUCUAUGGCACUGCUGAUAUCUGUGUGUUUAAAUGUUGCACUCUAUUUAUUAAGAAGACAGGAAAGACACAAAGCAGCAAACAGAGACAUAUUUAAAUGUGGAGAGGAGCCAUUCCGUCGAGUUUCAAUUCAGUCUGAGAGGUUUGAGAACAAUGAAAUGGAAAGACAGGAAAAUCCAAUUUACGGGAAUAUUUGUUUAGAUGGAGGAGGACCUUUUGGAAUGUCUGAGGAUGUGUGCUAUGAACAAAUGUCACAUGCAAGUUCAGCAAAACAGGGUUUAAAGGUCCGGCAGGGAGAUGUAUCUUAUGCAUCUUUGGAUUUGACUACCAAUAAAAAGCGUAGGAAAAAGAGAAAAUGCAAAAAACAAGGUCAGACUCACCAGGCUCAAACAUAUUCGCAACCUUCUGCCCAGCAGAACUGUCUGGACCAGGACACAGAGGCUGAAGUCACCCUCCCAUCCCGGACCAGCAGUCUCAUGGUAUCGCGCCAUAGUAUCUACCUCAACAGCCAUCAAGUAGCCCUGGAGGCAGAAGAGAGGGAGAGGGAAUGGGAGAGAGAGAGGGAGAAAGAAAAAGAAAGACAAAAGGACAGAGAUGACAAUGGAGAAAUAGAGUUUGAGAUGAGCAGACAUUUGCAUGAAGGCUUUGAACACACCCUCGGUAGAUUAAGACCAAGUCUAGAACAGGAUAGUUAACAGUUUGAGAAUAAAAAAAAUAAAUACUUUAAUAUAAAAAAAUGAAUCACAGCAAACUGUGGCAUGGAACUGGUAACAGCUCAGAAAAUCCACGCAAAAGAUAAAGAUCAUGGCUACAGUAUGGUUGGCAAGUGAGAAUAUUCUCACAUGUGUCUUUGCAAAAGUAUGCAGAGGAAAUUAGCAUCUCUUCUCAGGUUGUAUCCAAAAGGGACACAAUAGAGUUUGCUACCUUGAAUUUGCUUUCUUUUUUCCCUUGCAUUUGAAGACUGUACAAGUACUAAGAAAAAUAUGCUAACAGAUAUUUAUCUGCUUGUUACUUGCUACUGUAUUUUGAGACGUUUAAGACAAAAUAUGUUAUUUGGGCGAAGCUAGAUUGAUGAAAAUACAGAUCAUUUGGUGUACCUCUGUACAAAAUGAAAAUAAGGUAUUCUAUAACUUAUAAUAUUUUUAUUUCAAAGAUCUGUAAUGUGAUUAAAUGUUAGUUAUCUGAUUUGCCUGUUUGUCCAUAGCUUUGUAAUGACAUUAAAAUUUAUGGCGAUUG